AUGAAUUGUUGUGAUCCUUUUAUCGUGCUUGAAUUGGUAAAUCAAGAACGUAGAGAAAGAAAUAUCCCUCCGUUAGAAUUAGAUCAACGUCUCAUGGAUGUUAUUCAGUUUCAAGUUGAUUACUGUGCUGAUAAUAAUACACUUACACAUAGUAAUCCUGCUGGUAGUCUCGGAGAUAGAUUUUCAAUGUUUAAUUAUCAAUUCCGUUCAUCAGGUGAAAAUCUUGCUGAAGGGUAUGGCCGCGAUGAGGAAAUUCGAGUUGUAAAAUCUUGGAUGAAUUCACCUGGUCAUCGUGCAAACAUUUUAAAUGGAUCUUAUAAACAUAUGGGAGUUGGAUUCAAAAAUUCGUUCUGGGGUCAAGCUUUUGGUUCUUUACUUAAUAAUGGUCCUGCUAUACCUGUUUCAACUUCUAUACCUGUUCCAAUUACUCCUGAUACUCCUGAUACUCCUGAUACUAGUAGUAAUUCUCAUACCAUAAAAUAUACUACCACUACUACUAGAUACACCUUUUCCUAUUCUCAAUAA